AUUGCUAGAAAGGAUGGGAGGCGAAGAGAAGAUCAGAGCAACUUCCUCUUCCGGAUCGCUCAGGGGAGGAAGGAGGAGUGCGGGGGGGGGCGCUUUUGUGCUCUUCCCAGGGUCGAAGCAGCAGCUGGAAGACAAAGAGGAUGGCAAUAAGAGCACUCUGGAGAAGUGAGAAUAACUUAUGAAAGGGAAAGCAAAUCAAGCCAGAAAUCAAAAUAUUUUCCAUUUCCUUCAGAAAAUUACAAAAUUCUCCCAUCCCAGCAGGCGAAAGGCAAGAGAAAAUCAAGAAGAGAUUUCAAGCUGGAAAUAGUAGAGUAUGCAGAACAGAAGAACACGGUACAUGACAAGAUGAAAGGGAUCAUUUUUCCAUUCAGAAAAAGAGGGAAAUAUCUGGAAGUCAAUAAGAAAGAAAAGGUCAACUGGAUACUCAAAUAGGGCAGACAGUAAUGCAGACCUCCCAAUGGGAGGAAGAAAACAGGUGAAAUCAAAGCACCACUAAACAAGGGACCACACACAUUUUUGACUUCUUCCAGCAUAUCAGUGGUGGAGAACGUCCACAGAUGUCACUAUUGUGGUAUAAAGCACAGAUUGCAAAAGCAUAGGUGAUUACAUACAAGAGAAUCCAAACUGGAAAAAAGGCAUACAAAUGCUACCAAUGUAACAAAAUCUUUGGUCAAAAUAUCUCCCUUGUGAUUCUUAACAGGACCCAUGCAGGACAGAUGCCCUAUAAGUGCUCCCAAUGUGGUAAAUGCUUUACCAAGCAAAGUAAUUCACACAGGAGGGAAACCAUAGCAGUGUCCAGUGUGUGAGAAAAGUUUCACUGUAAAUUACUACCUGGUGAAACACUUUGAAUGUUCGGAUUGUGGGAAAGCUUUCACUCGGAAAUGCAGCCUGGUGAUACACCAGAGAACUCACACAGGAAAGAAACCCUUUGAAUGUCCUGAUUGUGGGAAAUCUUUCAGACACAAUUCCAACCUGGUGAGACAUCAGAGGACUCACACAGGAGAGAAAUCCUUUUAAUGUCCGGAUUGUGGGAAAUAUUACAGCCGCAGUUCCAGUCUGAUGAUACAUCAGAGGAUGCACAAAGGAUUGAAGCCGUUUGAAUGUCCUGAUUGUGGGAAAUCUUUCAUAAACAAUUCCAGCUUGGUGAUACAUCAGAAGACUCACACAAGAGAGAAACCACAGGAGUGUCCAGUUUGUGGGAAACGUUUCAGUCGCAGUUUCAGCCUGGUGAGACAUCAGAGGACUCACACAGGGGAGAAACCCUUUGAAUGUCCUGAUUGUGGGAAAUCUUUCACUGCGAAUUUAAACCUUAUGAUACAUCAGAGGACUCACACAGGGGAGAAACCCUUUGAAUGUUCGGAUUGUGGGAAAAGUUUCAUUGCAAAUUCCCACCUGGUGAACCACCAGUGGACUCACAAAGGAUUGAAACCCUUUGAAUGUUUGGAUUGUGGGAAAUCUUUCAUAAAUAAUUUCAGCCUGGUAGUGCAUCAGAGGACUCACACAGGAGAGAAACCAUAUGAGUGUCCAAUUUGUAGGAAAGGUUUCAGUCAAAAUUCCAGCCUGGUGAUUCACCAGAGGACUCAUACAGGAGAGAAACCCUAUGAGUGUCCAGUUUGUGGGAAAAGAUUCAGUCAAAAUUCCAGCCUGGUGAUACACCAGAGGACUCACACAGGAGAGAAACCGUUUGAAUGUCCUGAUUGUGGGAAAAGUUUCAGUGAGAAUUCCAGCCUUGUGAAACACCAGAGGACUCACACAGGGGAGAAACCCUUUGAAUGUUCGGAUUGUGGGAAAAGUUUCAUUUCAAAUUCCCACCUGGUGAACCACCAGUGGACUCACAAAGGAUUGAAACCCUUUGAAUGUUUGCAUUGUGGGAAAUCUUUCAUAAACAAUUCCAACCUGGUGGUGCAUCAGAGGACUCACACAGGAGAGAAACCAUAUCAGUGUCCAAUUUGUGGGAAAGGUUUCAGUCAAAAUUCCAGCCUGGUGGUGCAUCAGAGGACUCACACAGGAGAGAAACCAUAUGAGUGUCUAGUUUGUGGGAAAAGAUUCAGUCAAAAUUCCCCCAUGGUGAUACACCAGAGGACUCACACAGGAGAGAAACCGUUUGAAUGUCCUGAUUGUGGGAAACGUUUCUUUCGUUAUUCCUCUCUGGUGAAUCACCAAAGUAUUCACACAGGGGAGAAACCCUUUGAAUGUUCUGAGUGUGGGAAACGUUUCAGUCAGAAUUCCAACCUGGUGAAACAUCAGAGGACUCACACAGGAGAGAAACCCUUUGAAUGUUUGUAUUGUGGGAAAUCUUUCAUACACAAUUCCAGCCUAGUGAUGCAUCAGAGGACUCACACAGGAGAGAAACCCUUUGAAUGUCCUGAAUGUGGGAAAAGUUUCAGUCAGAAUUCCACCCUAGUGACGCAUCAGAGGACUCACACAGGAGAGAAAUCCUUUGAAUGUCCUGAAUGUGGGAAAUCUUUCAUACACAAUUCCAGCCUAGUGACGCAUCAGAAGACUCACACAGGAGAGAAACCCUUUGAAUGUCCUGAAUGUGGGAAAUCUUUCGUACACAAUUACAGCCUAGCGAGGCAUCAGAAGACUCACAUAGGAGAGAAACCCUUUGAAUGUCCUGAAUGUGGGAAAUCUUUCAUACACAGUUCCAGCCUAGUGAGACAUCAGAAGACUCACACAGGAGAGAAACCCUUUGAAUGUUCUAAAUGUGGGAAAGGUUUCAGUCUAAAUUCCAACCUGGUGACACAUCAGAGGACUCACACAGGAAAGAAACCCUUUGAAUGUCCUGAAUGUGGGAAAGGUUUCAGUCUAAAUUCCAACCUGGUGAGACAUCAGAGGACUCACAAAGGAGAGAAACCUUUUGAAUUUCCUGAUUGUGGGAAAGGUUUCAGUCAGAAUUCCCACCUGGUGACACAUCAGAGGACUCACACAGGAGAGAAACCGCAUGGGUGUCCAGAGUGUGGGGAAAGUUUUAGUUAUGCUUUUUUGCUUGUAAAACACCAGAGGACGCAUACAGGAGAGAAACCGUAAAAGUGUCCAGAUUUUGGAAAAGAUUUCAGUAUUAGGUCUAACCUUAUACAUCAUGUAUCACACAGGGGAGAAACAUUUGAAAUGUUCAAUCUGUAAAUGAUUCUUCAGGUGUAAAUCAUCUCUUAUUGCACACAAGGAGGUGCACAUGAAGCAAACGAUGAGUUUAGAGAAAUCUUGAAUUUCAUUUCUGAUUUUCCAUUGAGAGUAUAGGUGAGAAAUUGACUACUUCAAUUCUGGCUUGAUUCUUUUUAAUCAACAGAUCUCAGGAUUAGACCUGAAGGUGGAAAGAAAAAUAUGGAAAAAAUUAGUUUGAUAUAGACUAACUACCUAUUUCUGAUUAUCAGCUGUAGUUUCUGGAUGUUUCUGUUUGCAGAAGUUGUGAAAUUCCCCAACUAGUGUACAGUUAGUCCUUGGGAUACAAUUGUAAUGGCACCUACCAAUUAUGGUUGGUACCAUGCUUUGCUUAACUAUAACUGUAGGUGUAGAGAAAAAAUAUGGAAAUUGUUAACUUCAUAAAGGCUAAUGACUUGUUUCUGAUUAUCA